AUGGACCCAACCAUUAUGAUGCAGAUUUCCACCCAAAUGCCCCAAAGCUCAGUUUAUGAAAACUCAAGUGGGAGAAAUACUAAUGAGUCUCUCUUCAUUAUUUUGGAUAAUUGUGAACUUGAAACAUUUGUUGUUACAAUUAACUGCAUUCUGUUGGUUAUCAGCUUUUGUGGUUUGGCAGCCAAUGGACUGGUCCUCUGGCUCCUGGGCUUCUGUAUCGAGAGGAACCCUUUCUCUUUCUACAUCCUCCACCUGGCUGGGGCUGACUUCUUCUACUUGUGUUGCCAGAUUGUAUACUCCCUCACAUUUAUUUGUCAUAACUUUUGGUACAUAGUACCCAAAACUAUUAUCACUCUCACAUUUUUCUUUUAUACCUUGGGCCUGAGCCUGCUGACUUCGAUCAGCACCGAGCGCUGUCUCUCAGUCCUCUUCCCCAUCUGGUACCGAUGCCACCGCCCCAAGCACACAUCUGCUGUGGUGUGCUCCCUCUUCUGGACACUAUGCCUUCUGGGGAAUCUACUAGAAAGUGGUGCCUGUGGCAUAAUUGAUUUUAUCCCCUUCAGUGUAAUGUCAUGUCUGGCGUGGGACUUGUUUUUUGUGACAUUGCUUCUUCUCCUGGUUUGCCUGCUUUGUGUGUCUAGCCUGACUCUAGUCCUUAAGGUCCAGUGUUACUCCCAGCACAGGCAACUCUCCAAACUCUACCUCCUCAUCCUGCUCACAGUCCUUAUGUUCUUGCUCUGUGGCCUGCCUGUGGGCAUCUACUGGUUUCUCUUGUGUUGGCUGACAAAUACAAGUUGUAUCUCUUUUGUUUCUCAUCUUCUGUCCUGUGUGAACAGCAGCACAAACCCCCUUAUUUACUUCUUCCUGGGUAGCUUCAGACAGAGGAGAAGGAGGGAGCCCCUCAAAGUGAUCCUCCAGAGGGCCCUGAAAGAUGAGCCAGAGAUAGGAAAGGGCAAGGAGAUCUCCCACACAGACAUUAUGGAAAUGUCAGCCUGA